UGUCGAAGCAGUGUAAAGAACCUGGGGGGCGUUUAUUGUGCGUGUGGGUGAAGUGGAUCAUAGUGAGAACGCUGUAGAUACACAGUCUGGAUACUGGUGCUUUUAUCAUGUAGGGUUUUUAGAGGAUUUGGCAUGUUUUUGCCUGCAUGUAGAGUACAUGUUUAUUUUAUUCUGGAUGCUUCAUUGGACCGGUGUGAGUGAGAAGAGGACGGGACAUCAGAGGACAGGAGAAGACACGAGAUACCGAUCACCGGGGACACAUGUUGAGUUAACGGAGCCCCUCCACUAGCGUCCAUUCUCUCCUCUUUUUUUUUCCCUCUCUCAUUUCCCCUCCCGCCCACCCCUCUCCCCCUCUUUCUCCCUCUUCCCUCCUUACAUUUAUCCUCGAAUGUGCUUCAACAACGCCUCUUUUCAGCUAUGGAUCUUAGUAAAAUGGCUGUGAGCAUCAACAAGGCGAUUAACACGCAGGAGGUUGCUGUGAAAGAAAAGCAUGCCAGAACUUGCAUCCUGGGCACCCAUCAUGAAAAGGGCGCUCAAACGUUUUGGGCAGCCGUCAACCGCCUGCCGAUCUCCAGCAACGCCGUGCUCUGCUGGAAAUUUUGCCACGUCUUCCACAAGCUUCUCCGAGACGGCCACCCAAAUGUCAUUAAAGACUCGGUGCGAAACAAGUCAGACCUAAACGACAUGAGCAGGAUGUGGAGCCACCUGAGUGAAGGCUAUGGGAAGCUUUGUAGCAUCUACCUCAGACUACUCAUCACCAAAAUGGAGUUUCACAUCAAAAACCCUCGUUUUCCCGGCAACCUUCAGAUGACAAACAGACAGCUCGAGGAGGCGGGGGAAAACGACGUCAACAAUUUCUUCCAGUUGACGGUGGAAAUGUUCGACUACCUGGAGUGUGAGCUGAAUCUGUUUCUUGCAGUGUUCAGCUCAUUGGACAUGUCCCGGUCAGUGUCAGUGACUGCAGCGGGUCAGUGUCGCCUGGCUCCUCUGAUCCAAGUCAUUCUGGACAGCAGUCAUCUAUAUGACUACACGGUCAAACUGCUCUUCAAACUGCAUUCAUGUCUUCCAGCAGAGACACUGCAGGGGCACAGAGAUCGCUUUCACGAGCAGUUUAAAAAACUAAAGAGUCUCUUCUACCGCUCCAGUAACCUGCAGUAUUUUAAAAGGCUGAUCCAGAUCCCACAGCUCCCCGAGAAUCCACCAAACUUCCUGCGUGCUUCAGCUCUGUCUGAGCACAUCAGUCCGGUGGUGGUGAUCCCAGCUGAGACCUCGUCCCCUGAGAGUGAGCACAUGGUGGAGACUGACGAACUCGUGGACACGGAUAUUCCCUCCCUUCCGAGUGUAGUGGAGAGCAGGUUCGACGACCUCUUUGGCACCUCGGCUUCCAGUGAUCCUUUCAACUUCAACAGUCAGAAUGGCAUGCGCAAGGAUGACAAAGACCGAAUCAUCGAGCAGUUGACUGCAGAGCUCCAGGCCCUAAAAGAAGAGUUGGAGUCAUUCAGACUGGAGAGUGGGCGCUUGUGCCAGGCCUUACGGGGGCGUGUCAAUGAACUGGAGGCGGAGUUAGCCGAGCAAACCCACCUCAAGCAGCAGGCACUGAGCGAGAGCGAAUUCCUGAAGGCAGAGCUGGAUGACCUGCGCAGGGUCAAAGAGGACACGGAGAAGGAGCAGCGUAGCUUAACUGAGAUUGAAAGAAAGGCCCAGGCCAAUGAACAGCGCUACACUAAAUUAAAGGAGAAGUACACUGAGCUGGUCCAGAACCAUGCUGACCUGUUAAGGAAGAAUGCAGAAGUGACUCGGCAGAUGAGCGUGGCCCGGGUGGCCCAGGAUGAGGUGGAUACUGUGAGGAGGGAGAUGGAGGAACGACUUAAGACAGCUCAAGAGGCAGUCAGCCAACAGGAGAAACUCCAAGCAGAGCAGCUCCAAGUGCUUCAAGCUGACCUAGUUACCAGCAGAACAGAACUAGAAACCCUCAAAGCCAGCAUGGCUUCAUCUCAGAAGUCAAGCGAGGAGCUCGGUGUGCAGCUCUCUGCUCUACAGGCUGAAAAGGCUGGGCUCAUGGAGACCGUGUCACAGAAGGACGUGGAGCUGGCAGGUCUCGGGGCAGAACUAGAGCGAAUUCAGAGCAGUCUAGCUAGCGAGAGGGAGAGUGGCGUGAAGGCUGCAGAGACCCUACAGAAUCAGCUCAAUGAGAAGGAAAGUCGUGAACAGGCACUGGAGAGCGAGAUCGUUUCUGUCCGCUGGGCGGCUCUUAGGGCGGCACUGGAGGAGGCCGAGAGGGUCGUGCAGGACAGUUUGGCCCAGCUGGAUGAACCUGCACACAUAAGCUGCACCAGCUCAGCCGAAUAUCUUAUAUGCAGGUGCCAGACUGCUUUAGAAUGUGUGGACAGAUUACAGACAGCCAAGGAUAGCUUUAUAUCUGAUAACACAGAUGUGUCUGAGCUGGUGCGGGCUGUGGCUCAGCUAGCCCACCUGGUGGGUGAUACUAUUGUGCAAGGAAGUGCCACUGCCCACAUGGUGUCCGUGGAACAAGCCGACGCGCUAACAUGUUUUGUGAAGUUGUGUGGAACUGAGGCGCUGGCUCUGAUGGUUCAGCUGAAGGAUCAGGAUUCUCUGGCUUCAGCAGGCAGCGGUGGACUCAAAGAAGCUUUGUGCAAUGUGCUGGACACGGCGCAGAAGUUACGGCCGCGGGGUUUGGAGCUACAGCAGGGAGAGCUUGGAGAUCUGGUGGAGCAGGAGAUGGCAUCCACUUCAGCUGCUGUGGAGUCUGCUGUCUGUAGGAUAGAGGAAAUGCUGAACAAAUCCCGAGAAGUUGACUCUGGUAUAAAAAUGGAAGUGAAUGAAAGGAUUCUGGCUUCCUGCACAGAUCUCAUGCAGGCUAUUAAAGUGCUGGUGCUGGCGUCUAAAGACCUGCAGCGUGACAUUGUUGAAAGUGGCAGAGGUGCAGCAACUAUAAAAGAAUUCUACGCUAAGAACUCCCGCUGGACUGAAGGCCUCAUCUCCGCUUCAAAGGCUGUGGGCUGGGGAGCCACUGUGAUGGUUGAUGCAGCUGAUCUAGUGGUCCAAGGCAAAGGCAAAUUCGAGGAGCUGAUGGUGUGCUCACAUGAGAUAGCGGCCAGUACGGCUCAGCUCGUAGCUGCAUCGAAGGUGAAGGCAGACAAGGACAAUCUCAACCUCGCUCGUCUGCAGCAGGCAUCCAGAGGAGUCACUCAAGCAACUGCAGGCGUUGUAGCAUCCACCAAGUCUGGAAAAUCCCAAAUUGAAGAAACUCACACUAUGGAUUUCACCAGUAUGACACUUACACAGAUCAAGAGGAAGGAGAUGGACUCGCAGGUGCGCGUGUUAGAGCUGGAGACACAGCUUCAGAAGGAGCGUGAGCGUCUCGGUGAGCUGAGGAAGAAGCACUACGAGUUGGCUGGUGUAGCUGAGGGUUGGGGAGAGGAACAGGAAGGAACAGGAUGAGGCGUGUCCCCGUGUCGUAGCCCGGACUGGGCAUGUGCCUGCGCACUGGCACUCACGUGUUUCUCACCCUUUUUUUCUUCUUCACUGUCUUCAGACCUUUUAUCCUUUAAUAAUGAAUGAAAAGCCAAAUAAAAAGGUGCUUUUUUACUAUAA